UUUGACUCAACAGCCUCUUUGUUGCCCACUUUAGUCUUUCUCCAGCAAACUGUGUGUGUGCCUCAGCCAGCUGCAGCUCCAUUACUCCACCAAAAAGGUAGCCAGAAGGGAGGGGGCCGAUAACCGCUUGAAGAAAUGGAGACUUUAGUGUUUAUAUUUUCGUUUUCUGCCCUCGGUGUUCUUUAUGCAAUGAACACAACCCCUGAGUUUCAAGAGCCUUACGCGAUCCUGGAGAUCGGUGUCGCUGUGCUGGUAAUUGUGUUUCUCUUCUACUACCUCAUCACUCGUGGCAACCCACCUAAAGACUUCUUAUUCUUUGUUUUUGCAGAGUUUUGUUUUACAUGUGUCAUCGACCUGACAAGUGCCCUGGAAUAUGACGGCAUUAUAUCCGGCUUUAUGGACUUCUACCAGAAGACAGGAGAGCCUUACCUGGGGACUGCGUAUGCCGUCAUGAUGUGUUACUGGGAUGGAAUAGCACACUUUAUCCUGUACCUGAUGAUGAUCAGCAGGAUAACAGACAGGAGAGCCUACCGCACCCUGGGCCUGUUCUGGGCCGGCUCCUUGUGCGCUAACAUGAGCGUGUUUAUUACCGGGAUAGUGGCAGGUAAAUACGGGUCAGAGAUCCGUCCGGCCUUCUGGCUCAACUUCCUCUUUCUCUUGAUGCCCGUGCUGGGCGCCGUCACCCUGUUCACUCGGCCCAAGGACAGACCGCUCAUCGGCGGAUACAAC